GAACCAAUUUCGCGGGAGCCGCCCUUGACCAUCUCUCUCGAUCGAGUCUCUCUGAUGACCUCGAGCACGCUCCUCCUCCGGCGCGUCCUCUCCACCGCCGCUGCUCUCCGUCAAACCAGCGCCUCUCUCCACCCAGUCUCUCUCUCCUCAAUCUCUCCCGCCGCCGAGUCUCUCUUCCACGUCUCUCUCGACGUCUCCUCCUCUCCCUCUCUCGUCUCCUCCUACACUCGGCCCGGCCAGUACCUCCAGCUUCGCCUACCUCAUAAUAACAGAUCGACGUUAUUAGCGAUUGCUUCGCCGCCGUCGCUCGCGGAAUCGAGCGGCGUGUUUGAGUUUCUGGUGAAGAGUGUGCGUGGAUCGACGGCCGAGAUGUUGUGUGAAUUGAAGGAAGGUGAUAUCGUUGAAUUGAGUCACGCAAUCGGGAACGGUUUCGAGGUCGAAGAGAUUCGACGGUGUGAGACUGUGUUUAUUUUCGCUACGGGAUCUGGAAUUAGCCCAAUCCGAUCUCUAAUUGAGACGGGGUUCAACGCUGACGAGAGGUCUGAUGUGAGACUCUACUAUGGUGCAAGAAACCUUAUUAGAAUGGCUUACCAGGAUAGGUUCAAAGAUUGGGAAUCAUCCGGAGUUAGAAUUGUGCCUGUAUUAUCUCAACCGAGUGAUAACUGGACCGGUGAACGCGGCUUUGUACAGGCCGCUUUUUCUAGAUCCAAAAAAAUUUACAACCCUCAUUCUACUGGUGCAGUGCUCUGCGGUCAUAGACAAAUGGCUGAGGAUAUCACUUCUGCUCUUGUGUCUGAUGGAGUUUCUAUUAGGAAAAUUUUGAAGAACAUCUAAUGGUAGUCAGCUAAGUUUGUUGUAUCAUUGCUGAGGAACAGAUAAAUUAUUCCAUUACUCAUUCUGCAGUGCUAGGUGUUACAGUUGCAAAAUAAUAUCAGAUCUCUAAAAAUAUUAGAGACACUUGGAGGUUUUUUCCCCUUAUCAAGGCUCCUUCCAAGUAGUGGAUUAUUUGUUAAGCUUAGAUUUAAGUUGAAAAAUUAGUAGCUUGGAUUAGAACGCAAGACAUUUAUGCCAUGGUGAAGAUUUCAAGGUGAAGAUUAGCUUGGACUAGAAAGAAAGACACUUGCCCAUCGCCCAUCGGAGUAAACCAUGAUGGACAUUCCUCGGAAUUUUGAACUUAUAAACAAUAUAAAGCAUCUGCGGACUUGCACCAUACAGAAGAAAAGAAAGACAUUUAUAUACUAUACUCAAUACUCUCUCUCUCUUUAUACUAUAAAGCCCCUGUACUUGUCAACUAUGUAACUAUGGAUCAUCUUUAGAGUGACUGAGUGAGUACUUCAUUAUAGACCUUUUUGAUGAAUUUUUAAGUAAUAUAAUUGUUGGUGAUCAGUGCUUACUGCAAAUAUAGAGUAUUGUUAUUUACCUUGA